GCGGUUUCCCGGCCGUGCCCGCUUGCCGCGGCCCUGGCAGCGCGGGGGAGCCGCUGCCGUGCCCCGGCCGCAGGAGGUCACAGCGGGCAGCGAGGCUGCCAUAGUCCGGGCUUCGGCCUGGCCUGGGGGGACGCGCGGAUGACUCCCGGCUGGUCAGGAGCCUGGGAGAAGCCGUGUGUGUGCAGGCUGCCUCUCCCGGAGGCUGCCUGGAAGAGGCGAGUUUCCCUGUGCAAGGAAAACAGGGAGCCCGAGGCAGCGAGUCAUGCAGAAGGGCUCUGCAGAGUGUGGGGCCUUUGCCUCGCUCCUGCCGCACCUGCCGCAGUCCGUUUUGCGCUAGCUCUGCAGCUUUUAUGAGCUCGGUUUGCUCACGAAUAUGGAAGAAAACUAUAGCAGCCCGCCAAAUGGAUCAUUUCCUGCUGUUUUAGUGAGUUAUGUCAGCCCGACAUCCAGUUGGGUGUCGGAGCCGAGGCGAAGGCCGCGGACGGGCGAGAGCUGUGGCCAGGAGCAGGAGCAGGGGUGGGAGAGGCGGUGAGGCCUCCUGCCCUUUCUGCGUCCGCGGGCUGUUAGCUUGGCUCUGGCACCGGUGAAAUUGCAGCCCGAGAUGUAGGAAGAAAUGGCUUGCUGUGAGCAUUCCUGCGAGCAGCGGGACUGGUAAGCGGUUUCGGGGGCAUGCAUCCAUAGGCAUCUCUAAAAGCAGAGGGCAGAAGAAGUGGUACUUGGCAUGGCAUGUGUUUUUUCUCCUGAUCAUUGCCUUUGGUUCCUCUCCCAUUUCUGCUCACCCCUGCUUUUUUAUUAAAGAAAAAAGGCAUAAAGCAUCAGAGUUCCAGGGCUGCUUGCUUUCCCCGCCACCCUCAAAUUUGGAGAUGAGCCUUGGAAAUGCCAAGCUUUGAAUAUCUUGUUACUGUGAAAUGACUUUUCAUCUUUCUUGCUGGAACAGUUUUUUUUUCUUGUUAUGUACUCAGAUACUUGAUCUGUGCUUGAAAUUACCAGGUAAUAUCAAUGAUGAGAAUACCUUUGAAAAAAUCAAGGCUAAGAAAACUUUAAGAGCACUGCAAUAACAGUAGUUCUCCGUCAUUGUCAGGGGUGACCACCAGCAGCACCUUCUCCAUCACAGUUUGGAUUAUGAACUCUCAAGAGGCUACAAAGUUCAAUUUGUGCAUUUGUUAAGCAUUAUUUUUUCCCAUUCUUUCCCACAUUUCCUUUGGACUCACUGCUCUGUAGUUACUUGUAUGUGAGAUGGUCUAAAUACAUUUGAAACAUCAUGUAUCGUCUUCCACCCAUUUUUCCUGUUACAAGGAUUAUGUUCUCUAUUGUCAGUACAGCUUCUGUCUCCUUGUGUUUUGAGGUUGGCAUCUGUGGCUAAGGUAGGCAGUCUUUUUUGUUUUCAGGCCUGAAUUGGCUUUUCAGUCCAUUUUAAUAGGCCACAGGCUAAUGCACAUCUCGGUUUGAUACAUUACAUGAAAAAAUUGUUUGGCCACAGGCCUCAACAAUGUGCUCUUGUCCUGCUUGAGGUGAAUUUAGCAUCUGCUUAGCUAACAGCCACAUAUGUGUUUUCCGAGCACCUUUCACCAUGGAUGAUUUUUUUUCUACCCUGUCUUGUGGAGAGGAUCGUGACCUACAUAGUAAGGAAAAUCUGCAUCUCAAAAUAGUAGCAAAAUAUUUUAAUAGAAUGGUGUGUCAGCAGGCUACUCAGAAUUGUGUGGGAUGGUAUAUGGCAUUUAUUUAUAUUUUAUUACCAAAUGUUUUCGUAUUGUCUUGUCAUAACAAAAUCACUGAAGCUAACUAGGUUGCGGUUGUGUCAAACCCUUAUAUAAGUUAUAACAAUCAAGCCUUUUAUUCUCAAUCAUAGAAGCGUUCUACCUGAAGUGUAGUCCAUUUUAUUUGUGUGUUUAAAGAACAUGUUCUUCGUAUUUUACUUAACUGUUCUCUGGUAACAAACUCAGAAUUAUCUAACCUGUUUUUUUCCAAGUUUUAACUAUGGGUCUAUAUUAUGCAAAACAAUAUUUAUAGAUUUGUUUGCUGACUUUUUAUGAUCCAUGGCUUUAGGCACAUAUUAAAUAAGGGAUUUGAAUGCACAAAUGAAUAGGGAUGUAAGGCAAUAGGUAAUUUGCCCCGUACCUUAUUUUUUGGCAAGAUGGUCCAAAAUUUAUGGUAUGUAUGCUACCACAGAAUGGAAAAUAAAAUACAAAGCUGAAUGGAUUUUUAAAAUAAAAUAGUCCAUUGUUUCAGAAUUUGCAGAUUCAUUCUUGCCUCUUGAUAUGAUUUUCCUUUCCUAUUUGAAGGAACCAGGGAACAUUAGUGAAUCUGCAGAAGAAGAGUCAAUUAAUUUUAAUGUUGGUGGCUGGCAUUUCUCAAUUCCCAAAAGUAAAGUUGCUCAGUUUCCUGAGUCUCUGCUGUGGAAAGAAGCCUCUGUACGAGAUCAGUCUGAAAAUCUAAGAUUAUUUAUUGACCAAGAUGGAGAUACAUUUAGACACCUUCAUUAUUACCUACAGACUUCAAAAUUAUCUUUUUCCAGCUGUGCUGAAUUGAAUUUAUUGUAUGAGCAAGCAUUAAUUUUGCAGCUGACACCUUUAUUACAGAUUUUAGAUAAUUUGAAGGAAGAGAAACAUAAUUUACGUGUCCGACAUGCAGAUAAACCAAUAGCUGAAAGAGCAUCCCCAAAUUACUGGAGAACGCGAAAAUGUAUCAGCAAGCCGUCAGAGAUUCCUCUUAAAAGUCCAGCAUUCACAGGAUUACAGGAAAGAGCUCCCCUAGGGCUAAUGGAUACACCGUUACUCGAUACAGAAGAGGAAGUGAAUUACUGUUUUUUGCCACUAGAUUUGGUGGAAAAAUAUCCUGUACUAAUUAAUGAUGAUAAUUUGCUGUGGCUCCUUGAGAAUGCAGCUGUAAUUGAGUGUGACUGCAGUGAAUUCCGCUUCAUAGUUAAUUUUCUUCGCUCAGAGGAGAUUUUGUUGCCUGAUGAUUUCUGCAACAUAGAUGUUUUGGAGGAAGAAGUUGUAAUUUUGGGAAUUCCUAAGCUUACAGAUGCUGUGAAAAUCUAUAGAGGGUCUGCAGAGGGCUCAGAGAACAAACCACAGGUGGCCAACGUGCCAGUGCGAGCCCCGCUGUACGUCAUGGCUCUUGGUCUUCUGGUCAAAUAUCCAGAUUCAGCACUGGGACAGCUCUACGUCGGAAGUAAUUUAGGCCGAAGCAAGCUGUACAUCUCUGGGAAUGGGGUCCUCUUUCAGCACGUAAAGAACUGGUUGGGAACUUGCCGACUCCCUCUUACUGAAAAUAUGUCUGAAAUCCAAGAACUCUGUGCUUAUUUGGACAAAAGGGACAUGACGUACGAGCCAAUGAAAGAUGCUUUAAAAAGCUUUCUGAAACAACAGAUGCCAGCAGAGAGCAGAGACUAUACUCUAGAUGCAGCCUGGACAGCAGAAGUAUCAGUCUGCUCAUUGCAUCAGAUUGUGAAAGUUUAUGUGGGAAGUAACUGGUAUGAAACUUACUUACAGACUUUAUUGAAGUACCCAGAGCUGCUGUCAAAUGACAAGAAAGUCUAUUGGAUCACAUAUGGUCAAAGUCUUCUAAUCCAUGGAGAUGGGCAAAUGUUUCGGCAUGUUCUCAACUUUCUAAGACUUGGCAAAUUAUUUUUGCCAUCUGAAUUUAAAGAAUGGCCUCUAUUUCGUCAAGAAGCAGAGGAGUACCAGAUCCCUUCCCUUUUAGAGGCACUUUAUCGUUGUGAUGCAUACAGAUUAUGGAUCAAAAAACAUGAAUUUCACAAUGAAGCUGCUUUUCCAUGCAAAGGAUUAAGUGUUGUAACUUGGAAUAAGGAGCAUCAGUUCAACAAAGACUCAGAAGAAGAAUAUUCGUAUACAGCUGUGGAUUUCCGUAAAUACUAUAUUAAUGCAUGGAGUAAAAUAAAAGAUCUGAAGGGAAAGCAAGAUACCAAUGGGGAGAAGGCAAAGUAUUCUAGAAUGAUUUCACGGGCAAGAGGGGCAAAGCGAAGGAGUAAACUUGGAGGAUACCACAAGUCCUCAGACAUCCGGAUAAACUGUGGCUAUUACAAGAAUUCAGUAAGUCCUCCAAGGAAGAGAGGAAUAAGAAGCAGUUUAACGAAGAAAUUAGAAAGUAAAGACUCAGCAACUCCCAUCCAGAAAUUAAUUUCCCCGGUAAAGGAAUGGGAUGUGGUGAACUCCAAGAGAUGUGAUUUCCAACAUGUGGCUAUAUCUGAUGGUAAUAUAACAGACAACAUAUCUCAAAAUAACACUCCUGAAAAGCACAGUGGUAUCAAGGGCUCCCUUGCUCUUUCUCCUGGGAAAAUAAGCUAUGCAAUAGAAAAAAACAGUAACAUGACCAAAUAUGAAGUUGGGGCUGAAGAAAAGCAGCUAUAUUCAUACAUGUUCAAACAGAAUUUGCCAGUUACUCCGUGUUCUGGAAAAUAUCAAUUCAGCACCAUAGAAACUACUCACACAAUGGGAAAAACUGCAGAGAAUAGAAACUGGGAGCAAGCAGAAGGAAGUUUCUCCAGUGAAGUAAGAGACAAGCACUUGCAGAAGAAACUCAUCCCUGUAAAAAACAAAACAAUGGACAAUGAACAAACCAACAUUGUUCUGGAAGAGCACAGAAACGUAGGAUUGAUUCUUAGAGUUGAACAUCCUCCAGUUUUAGGCAGUGAUGGCUUUUGUACAUGCAAUGAAGAGAGUGUUGUUUAUAGCAUUCUGCUUGAUGGUACUCAACUGGAUAAUUCAUACACUCAAGCACUAGCCAAAGGUAAGGAAAUACAAAUAGCUUUCUUUGAACUGUUCCUUGUAGAUACAGUUUUUCUAAGUUUUGCCCUCUCACAUGAAGAGAUAUUCUAUGCCAGGAAGUGCCACUGUUUCCUGACUGAUGUUAUCCUGAACUCAGUAAAGCAGAAGGAUCCCAAAGAAAUCACAGCCAAAGUUGUGACUCUGGUGAAUAGGCUCUGGACUCUGCAGAUCACCCCCAAAGAGUUUGUUGCGAAUUUACUGAACACAGAGUAUUUUAAAGGUGACAGACACAUUCAUGAAGAGCUACUGAAGUGGGUGGAAGUAAGUACCAUUUGCCACAAGGGGAUGCUGUACGGCUGA